AUGAUCUUUUCAAGAUUUGUCACUUUCUCCCUCCUUUCCUUUUCCACCCUCGUUCUCGCCUUACCGACUCCAACAUUGAAUGACCGAGAAGGUCUCGACAGGAGGUAUCACGAGGAUCACAGGAAACAUCAUCCCAAAGUCCAUGAGAGCUCUAGACCAUCAGCUUCACCUAGUGGUAUCGUCAGACGAAAAGUUCAAGUUCCAAUUUCGACUGAACCGGUGGUACUGGGUGCACCUGAAGAUUUGGCUAGAUGUCCUUCUCAGCAGAUCGCCUGCCCAAUCUCCCCGAUGAGUUUGUCUGACGUACAGAAUGCAUCAAUUGAUACGCCAUACGAAUGUAUCACUCCUCAAGAAGAUCUAUAUUCGUGUGGUGGAUGUGCUACUCUUGGUACCGGUCAAGAUUGUACCUCCAUUCCAGGAGUAUUAUCAGUAUCCUGUGCGGUGGGUCAAUGUAAUGUAUACUCGUGUAAAGCCGGAUUCACCUUAUCGUCAGAAGGUAAAUGUCUACCCAAGAUAUUCGACUACACGACACUCCCAUAA